AUGACGGAUAAUCGUGUUGUAGUUGCUAUAGAUUUUGGAACCACCUUUUCCGGAUUCGCAUAUGCUAACCGAACGACCCCAGAAAUUAUUACAAAUGAUAUUUGGCCACAACAAAUUGGUCCAUUGAAAACCAACACGGUUCUUCAAUAUGAUGAAAAUUAUCGAAAUGUCCUUAAAUGGGGAAAUCCCGCUUUGGCUCAAAGACAAUCUCGUAGAAAUAAGAACUCGAAUGCUUCAAAACCUGUGGAACUUUUUAAACUUCAUUUAGGAAAUAUUUCUCAAAGUGAAAAGCCCCCACUUCCUUAUCAAUUAAGUCAUGAAAAAGCAAUAACCGAUUAUUUACGUGAAUUAGUUGCUUCUCGAUGGUAUGGGUUAGAUUUUUUUGAGAACGUUUUUCUCGUCAUAAGUAUUCCGGCCGAGUUCGAUGAUUUUGCAAAAGAUACUAUGAGAAAAUGCCUUUAUGGUGCCGGUUUGACAGCUAGUAAGGAAUCAAAAAAAGUUGAAUUUACAACUGAACCUGCUUCAAUUUACUGUAUGCGAAACCUCAAAGAACAUAAGAAUGCAUUAAUCCCAGUUAAUGCGUCAUUUAUGGUGGUUGAUUGUGGAGGUGGAACUGUGGACCUCACGACACGUAAACUGUUAAAUGAUGAAAAGCUAAGUGAAAUCACUGAACGGACUGGAGAUUUUUGUGGUGGAACUUAUGUCGAUAGAGAAUUUCUUAAAUUCCUCGGUCUAAAAUUUCAUUUCACGGGAAAUUUAAAUGAAUUUGAUCCUUAUGAACUUGAUAUUGAAGAAGUUUGUCCCAUAUUAAAACAAUAUUGCAAAGAUGAUGUCAAAGAAGAGAUGGAAGAUAAUGAAUGGAUUAUUGAUGUAAAUUUUGAAGAUUUGAAAUCCAUGUUCGAUCCUGUGGUCGGAAAAAUUAUUAGAUUAAUUCGUGGGCAGCUCAACUCUAGUCAGAGUAAAUGUUCUGCUAUGUUCAUUGUCGGAGGAUUUAGUGAGUCAAAAUACUUACAAAUGAGGGUUAGACAAGAAUUCAAGGAAUUGGUUCCUGCUAUUAUUGUACCAAAACAACCUAUCGCGGCUAUUGUUCGUGAUCGUACCUUAAAACAUACAUAUGGAAUUCGGGUUUUAAGAGAUUUUAAAGAUGGAGAUCCAGAAAGUCAGAUAUACGACAAGAAAAAUACUUAUAGGUUUAGUCAACUUGUUUCGCGAGGAACAAAAGUGGAUGUUGAUCAAGAAUUUUCCCAUAUUUAUUGUCCCCGUUUUGCAAAUGCAACUUCCAUGAGGUUUCUAAUAUAUAUUACAACAGAAUUAAGUGGCGAAUUUUGUGAUGAACCUGGUAUGAAACGUCAUGGAACAUUACGAAUAGAUUUACCAGAUGUGCAUCUUGGAAAAAUGCGUAACGUAGAGCUUUCGUUAAUAUUUGGAAAAAUGGAACUUGUCGCCAAAGCAAAAAAUUUACAAAAUGGAAAAAUUUAUGAAACUAGCUUUGAUUUAUUGUUAUAA